AUGAAUUCCAGUAUGAAAAGGAAAGAACCGGAUACUCGAAUACAAGAGCCUACUCAUCACGAUACACAGUCUCAUGGGUCUGUGUCAAACAAUUCGGAUGACCUUGUAAGUGUAACUAAUUCAUUGAAUAUGAGUCCCCAGAAAAAGAAACUUAGAAAGGCAAGCAGAGCUUGUGAUCAGUGUCGUAAGAGAAAGAUCAAAUGCGACUACGACAAUGUUUCGACUGUUUGUAAUAAUUGUAAUAAAAACAACGAUAAGUGCACUUUUGAGCGUGUGCAAUUGAAGAGAGGUCCCUCAAAAGGUUAUACAAAACAACACACCGUCUCGCCAGAUGUACAGCAACAACCACCGCCCGCGCAGCAGCCACAAAUAGCGUCAGGCAAGAGUUACGCCCAAAGCCAAGUGCUCCUGCCACCGAUCUCCCAAUAUUUCCCAACACCAAAUCCAACUGCAGAUGCCAAUAGAAAUGACCAACCGUUUUGGAAAGUCCCCUUUCACGAGCUGAACAACACCUCCACACUCAGUGGCCAAACUAAUGCUAGGAAUUCCGUGGAUUUGAGUUUCCAAAAUAACUUGCAGCAAACAAAUACAAAUGACAUGCUGUCCAGUGAUAAUGAAAGUGUCACUCCGCAGAACAACAACACUAUUAAUACAGUGCCCAUUAUUAGAAGCAGGUCUUCGUCAAUACCUCCCUUCGGGAAAUAUAAAGCAAGUACGCCGACGAAUAGUAAUGGCCUGACUAAUUCCCCAAAUUAUCUUCAUCAAUCUUUAUAUUCGGCGUAUUCACAGUUCUCCCAUUUGCAAAAUAAUCAAAGUGCCAAUAUUGCAUUCGCAAAUAAUGGCCUACCAAUAAUCUCACAGAACAUUCUCACCUCAAAUAAUGCGAAUCUUCCACUAAUAAACCCAAAUUAUACAAACUACAGGUCGAAAUCAAGAAGCGGGUCUUUCUCUAUAGUAAGCGAUGCUAUGUCGAAUCCGUACAACACUAAGGAAAAAAAGAGAAGUAAUUCGAUUAAAUCCACCCCAUCGGUGUCCACCGCAAGAUACAGUAUCAACAACAUAAUCACCAUAGACAACAAUAUACAUUCGAUAGAUGCAAUCAACGAUUCAACAAGCUUGGAUCAUUCAAAUCAAAAAUUAGAAAAAAAAUUGAUUUUGUCAUCAGCUGCUUCUUCUCCAAAGGCAAACCAUCCAAAUGAUAAGAUAACGCAACAAUCAAGUCUUCAUCAGAAUCAAUUAAAUAACAACAUUGUAAAUAAUAGCCAAAUUGGAAUCAUGAAAACUUUCAAUAUCUCUGAUCCGGAUUUAAACGUAUCGGAUUUUAACACCAUUAUGAAUUUUGGAAAAAUUUCAGAUAUAGAUUUGAUUAACACGUAUUAUGAAUUCAUUCAUAUAAACUUCCCAUUGAUACCCAUAAAUAAAAGAACAUUGACAAAUGACAUACUGCUGAUCAACAACAGUCAUCCAAUGAAUAGUAAGAUUAUCAACUGGUUUAGAAAUUCUCUAGAACUAUUAGUGAGAAUCUCAUUGAAAAAGACAAACAAUCAACUUAAUCCAACAAAUAUAGAUAAAAAAGAUAUUGGAAGUAAUAUUUCAAAAUUAGAUAGUAAUACCAGUGAUGACUAUAAUGACGAAAAUUAUGAAGUUUAUGUCAAUACGAUCAAUAAGAUUUUUCAAGAGAUGAUGAUACUUUAUCCUACAGUAAGAGGUAAUCAAGAAAGGAUCGAUUCAAGCAUUAAAAUUGUAUUUUUAUUGACUUUCAUAAUAUUAAAUUAUAUCCAAAUUUUAAUUGGAAAGAAGAACACUUUUCUACUUUCAACUACAGUCACAAUCUUUAAUGAUUCAAAUAUACCGUCAUAUUUUCUAUUCAGAGAUCAUUUGGACGACUUCAGUGAACAUAAAAUCAUGUAUAAAAGACUGUAUCUUUUAUUGAUAAUAUUUGAUUCAAUACAAUGUGUUUCAUAUGGUACCCCAACCCUGAUCACAAUGCCAGUUGAUGAAUCCCUAUUUAUUCAACUAUUUGAUAUUAAAGCAUUCGUGAAGAUUAAGAAAAUUGCAAUUUUGUCGGAAGAAGUUCUAGAAAAUUGGGUUGUCGAAGAAAAUACAAUAAGAUUAAAUUGUAUUAUGAAGGGAUUCCGUUUAUCAAUGAUUCUAGUUCAAUUAUCCCACCAUAAGUUACAUCAAGUAAAUCAAGAGAGCGUAGUUAAAUAUAUUGAAGAUAUUAAACAACGUAGUGAUUUUGGACUCAUGCAGGAGAAACCAGAUGAAUUAAUGUGUUUACCUGAAGCAUUUGGGAAAUUAUUAUUAAUCAAACAGGAUCUUAUAGUAUUUUUAUUUUCGAUCAUUGAUUUGGAAAAAAAUAAAAUAAAUUUUUUAAACCUUGAUGAUUUUAAAGAACUGACUAAUAUCUUAUGCUCAAUGAUCUCGACAAUCCUAAUGAAUUUAACAUUAAUAAUGAGAUUAAACCCAACGAAUUCUAUUGAUUACAACUUUAAACCUCCAACACACAUUCAAACAAAUAACACCGAUUCAAUCAUGAUUAAUGAAAGUAGUAACAACCCUAGUAGUGGAAGCAGCACCUCAAAUGAUGACACUUCAAAUGAUAAUGUGAUCUCUAAAGAAAAAUUUAAGGAUAGCACAACAAGUACUGAUUUCUAUAGAAAACUACUAGGGUUAAAUAAUGAUAGCGAUAAUAUUCUGACUGAUAUAAAAGAUUUACCAAGAGGAUGCAUUACACCCUACUUUAUAAUAAUCAAGAGUGAAAUGUGUAACCUUCGAGAAUUAAUCAAAGAGUUACCUACUGCACUAAUUGGUAUAAUAAUUGAAGCUACAAUCCAUUCACAAAUGAAGCCUGAAGAUGAUCCGGAGUUGGAAAUGAGAAACAAGUCAGAUAGUGAUAGCAACUCCAAUGCUGAGUUUAAAGAUGAUGACAACCAAACAAACGUCAAGGCACGUAACAUAGUUGUAAAACUAUCCAAUUCAAUGAAUGAAGUAGUGCAGAUAACCAGUCUGUUAAGUUUGAUUAAUUCAAAUACAGGCAAUACGCCUUACGAAGAUAAAAAAGGCAACAAUGCCAACACUGUUAACGGUAAUAACAAUAUAAAUAGUAAAAACACAAAUAAGUAUAGUCAGAACGUGAUGAACGAUAACCGUAAGUCGAAUAGUAAAUUCAACAGAGAUGACACCCUUGAAAAAUCGUACUGCGAUCUUAUAAACAAGUCAGAUAACGGUAAUCUGUCACAAGAUUACCGUUCCAUAGAACAGGAUAGAAUUAAGAUCGAUAAUGGAAAAACCAUAGCCAAAGGCUCAAAAACGACCACUGCAGUUCUGCAAAAAGUCGUUCACAUUGCUUGGAAGUUAUUAGAAGAUUCUGAACUAGGGUGGUUGUAG